AGGCAGUGGAUUCGAAUAAAGAAGAGAGUUCAGGGGUUGUCAAGGGAUGGCCGGAGGCGGAGGCGGAGGCGGGAACUCGAGAGAGCUCGACCAGACACCGACGUGGGCGGUCGCCGUCGUGUGCGCCGUCAUCGUCGUCAUCUCCAUACUGUUGGAGAAGGGCCUCCAUCGCUUCGGGGAGUGGCUGACUGAGAAGCACAAAAAGGCACUAUUUGAAGCUCUUGAGAAGAUUAAAGCUGAGCUGAUGAUUCUGGGUUUUAUCUCUUUGCUACUGACCUUUGGGCAGAAGUACAUUGUCAAAAUAUGCGUACCGUACAAAGUUGCAGAUACCAUGUUGCCAUGCUCAAGGAAAACAGAUACAGAGACAGAAGAAGAGGCAGAUGGAAGACACAGAAGGAGACUAUUAACGAAUGCACUCACUGACCCAAAUGGAAAACACAGGAUAUUAGCUGCGGGAUCGAUUGUUUCAUGUUCCGCGGGAAAGGUGCCACUUAUUUCAACGAAUGGACUUCAUCAAUUGCACAUCUUAAUUUUCUUCUUGGCUGUGUUUCAUGUUGCUAGUAGCUUUACUACAAUGGCCCUUGGAAGACUUAAGAUGCGCAGAUGGAAGCAUUGGGAAAGUGAGAUUUCAUCACCUGAGUAUGAAUUCUCCAAGGAUCCUUCAAGAUUCAGAUUCACUCAUGAGACAUCCUUUGUGAGACGGCACACAAGUAUCUGGAAUAGGGUCACAAUCUGUUUCUACUUUGUAAGCUUUUUUAGGCAAUUUUUUAGGUCUGUUUGUAAAGCAGAUUACUUGGCUUUGCGCCAUGGUUUUAUCAAUGUUCAUCUGGCUCCGGGCAGUAAGUUUAACUUUCAAAAAUAUAUAAAGAGGACACUGGAGGAUGACUUCAAGAUGGUGGCAGGGAUCAGUCCUGUGUUAUGGGCUUCUGCUGUGAUCAUUCUGCUUCUUAACGUCCAUGGAUGGAAGGAAAAGUUCUGGGCAUCAAUAAUUCCUCUAGUUACAAUUUUGGCAGUCGGAAUGAAGCUGCAUGUGAUCAUCACAAGAAUGGCUAUUGAAAUUGAAGAGAGACAUACUGUUAUUCAAGGGAUUCCUCUGGUGCAACUCAGUGACCACCAUUUUUGGUUUGGACGUCCAUAUUUUGUUCUAUUUCUCAUCCAUUUUGCACUAUUUCAGAGUGCAUUUCAGAUCACAUACUUCUUUUGGAUAUGGUACGAGUUUGGUCUGAAGUCUUGUUUUCAUGAAAAUUUUGUUUCCAUCAUUGUGAAAGUUAUCAUCGGGGUGUUAGUCCAAUUCUUUUGUUCGUAUAUUACACUUCCACUUUAUGCGCUUGUGUCUCAGAUGGGUUCACACAUGAAAAGGUCCAUAUUCGAUGAAGAGACUUCGAAGGCCCUAAUAAAAUGGCAUCAAAUUGCGAAGAAAAAACAAGAGAAAGGACUCUCACGUUCUUCCUCUGUCCACGAACCGAGCUCCACGAUGAGCCCACAGGCAUCCCCAGUUAACCCUAUGCAGAGGAGUGCAACUGCUGGGCAUAUGGGUGCAGUUUAUACCCCUUCUGGAAGAAGACAUGUUUUGGGCCAUCACGGUUUGGAGACAGAAGUUGAGAUAUCAACCUUGUCCGAACCAACCCAACAUCAGUUGCACGUCGGAGAACAACAGAACACAGAAGAUGAGUUCUCAUUCGCAAUGUUUGCUGCUCAAACUGGAAGAAAAGAGAAACGCUGACAUCCGUUGUGUUGGUUCCUGUAUCUAUUAUAAUUAUAGUUGUCAUACAUUGGCACUAGCCAGGCUUAGAUUUCCCAAGU